AACUGCUUCACUGAGCUGCAGGUGCUGAAAGGACAUUUUGACAUCGUUCGAUUUCUGGUGCAGAUUGAUGACUUCAGGUUUGCUUCAGCGGGGGACGAUGGUCUGGUUCUGGUCUGGAACAUCGAGUGUUUGCUUGUGUUGGAGCGACUGUCCGUGUGGGUCUCCGGCGGGGAAGAGCUGUGCAUCUGGGACCAAAACUUCCAGCUGCUGUGUCACAGACAAAAGCACAGCGACACAGGAAUCACCGCUCUUAUAGAGCUGCCGAAGAACUGCAUCGCAGCCGCUGUGGAUAAAGACAUAGUGAUCUACAGGUUGAUGGUCUCAGCUGACUCCUCUGUGACUCUGACUGAUAUUUCCCGUUGUACUGAUCACCAUGACCAGAUCCGAGCUCUGAUUAACGUCAACGAUCAGAUUUUUGCCAGCGGUUCCCAUGCGGGGGAGUUGAUCUUGUGGGAUUCGUCUGAUUUUAGUAACCUGGCCUAUGAGCACAUCCUGUGGGAGGAGUCACAGUCCAGCUGCCAGAGUGAAAUAAAGCUGGCUGCCCCCAAACCCAGCGAGAUGUCCAUCCAGCACCUGACCACCAACGGGAGGCUCAUCCUGGCAGCUGUGGGCAGUGGGCUCUAUGUGUAUGAUGUUGUGACCAAAGCCGUGGUGGCAUACAGGAAGGCGGCACAUGACUCCAAUGUGCUGCAUACCAUGCUGCUGUCUGACAGUGAGCUGCUGUCGUGCUCUGAAGACGGCAGCGUGAGGAUGUGGGAGAUCCAAGAUUUACCUCUGGCUGCUGAACCAGCAUCUGCAGGGUUCUUUGGGAUGUGGUCUUUUGGACGGUCAAGCAAACAACCCGGGCCUCAGGCGAAGAAGGUCCUGGAAAUUCCCAACCUGAAGACACUGGAGCUGAUCGGAGAUCUGAUCGGACACUCUGGAGCGAUCCAGAUGUUCCUGAGCUUUAAGGAGAAAGGCUUGGUGACGUGCUCUACGGACCACCUGCUGAUUCUGUGGAAGGACGGGGAGAGACAGUCCCGUCUGCGCAGCCAGGCGCUCUUCCAGAAACUGGAGGAGAACGGAGGCCUUUGAUGUUUCACCCGCUGCCUGUACUCAGGAGGGCGUAAAGAGUAUUGUUACUGAGAUAUCAGAAGACUCAACUAAUUAUUUUCUAUGUUUGGUAAAAUGAACAAACAGGUUUAGUUUCACCUUUUCUAUCAGUGUUUGAUAUCUUUGAAACUGGUCCUAAAAAAUGUCCUUACUGUGAUUUCCUGAAAUUUCACAUUUUCUUUUCUACUUAAGCCCAGUAUUAUGUGACAAAACUCCUACCAAUUAAAUUCAUGAUACGUUUUUUUUUAUUUUUUAAGGCUUACACUGGUGCAGGCCGUACGGGCUGCAGCUAGAAAUCUCUCCACCCAGUUCAUUUGUCGUUAAAGUGUUUUGGGAGGAAUCACAGACAGACGCCACAAUCCUCCUAAAUUGUUCUAAUUUAAUAAAUGCAACCAUUUGCCCCAAAAAGCUGCCAUAUCAACUGUGAUGUACUGUAAUUGUGAUAUUGCCCAUCUGUUUAUUUGUGAAAUAAAUAUUUUUUUUUCAGCAUGACUGGAUACUGGCCU